AUGGCUAACUCUGCAAUUUCCCUUCGUUGUAGGCAUACUGUCCUAUACUCGUUCGUGUUGGGACGACUGACGAUGGUGGAAAAUGGAUUUGUAAUCCGUUCAGUUGCCAUAAGUACAAUAACUCGACACUCGUACCGGCUGACGGUCGUUCGACGGGCGGCUGAUUCGUCGCCGACAUUUCGGCCGGAACGGAUUCCUAGAGAUAGUAUCGUAUUAUCAUUUGGCCUUGCUCAACAAGUAACUUUUGAAGCAGGACUCCAAGAGAUAACAAGAAAUUGCUGUUCUAUCUUCGGCUACGAUAUAAGAGGAGAUAGAAGGAAAGUAAAGUUCUUGUACUCCCAAAUACCCCGCACAAAUUUGAGAAAAGCUUAUGUUGGUAGCUUCAAUUGGAAGGAUACCUACACUGUAGACACGCUUUUGAAUCUGGACAACAUCACAGCAGUGGAAAUUAUGAAAAUGGACAUCGAAUCUAACGAAUACAAAGUACUACCACAGUUUCUUAUCAUGUGUCGUCCAGCACAGAUUAUGCUGGAGAUCCAUGGUAUUUCCAUGCAAACAGCCGAGCUCCUCCAAAGGAUUUCAUUACAUGGUUAUUGGUUGAUCUCUUAUGAAAUUAAUGGAGAGUAUCAUGAUUCGUGCGAGUACUCUUUUAUACACGAAUCAGCAUUUGACAAAUAUCACGUCAUCCCUUUGGCUAAGUAUCUAGACUAG